UCUAAAACGCAGUGCUAAGUCCCAAACGUCGCAUUCACAGUCAGACCCGCUCAGAGACCCAGUAGUGCGCGGAGACUGGCGGGCGCGCGGUUUGCCGUACAAUUUUUGUUCUGUCUCAGCACCCCGCCACGCCUAGAGCUUGUUAGCAAGAGCCGAAGAGGGCAUUACACACAGGCUCUCCAUCUGGAGUAUUGCCACUCAAUAGUCAGCGUCUAGCGCUGAAUUGCUUGUCGACUUACUGGGCUGCACACUCACGGCCCGAGUCUUAGUCCUGGCUUAAGGCUGCUUCGACCACGGCCUCACUAGUGACAUUUGCAUCUUCAUCGCGACCGCUUGGGCAGCUUUGCAAGCACAUGGGGACAUCCAGGGCACAGUAACCUCAAGCGUUAGUGUGGGCCGGACGCUCACCGUGCGCGUCCAUAGCCCAGACAAUGUGUUCGUUUAGCAGCAGGCGCGGACGACCCAUGGCGCGCCUGCUGCUUUUAGUGACGCUCGCAGUAGCACUAGUAGUGCAGCAGGCGGCGGCACAAGGGAACUCGAAGGGCGUCAACCGAAACCCACUGUUCCCAGACUGCAAGUGCGAGCGCGACCGGCGGAGCUCGCCCUACCGGGCGUCGCUCACCAGCACUGAGGACUACCCGGGGGGUCGGCGGUACUGCUUCACGUUCGAUGUGGUCAGCUGUCAGGUGGACAACCCCUGCUGCUACAUGAACCUGUACAAGAUCGAGUUCCCGUUCACGUACGACUGCCGCGGCUCGCUGCAGUACAUUGAGUACCAGGGCGGCAACCGCUCCAUCAUCUGGGGGCCGUCGUACCUGAACGCCGACAUUCCGCGCGUGGAUCUCAAGAUCACCAACAUGCGGCUGAGUCAGACGAACGCCGCCGGGCAGGGCAUCUGCUUAGGCAUCGCAGACUACUGCAAGGAGAUCGACCAGUGGUGCUGGCCCAACACGGGCAAGUGCCGCAUGGCUAUGUUCAACGCAGACCCCUUCGACUGCUGCCCCAUCCAGAACUUCCCCACCACCGACUCCCCGCCGCCGCUGACGCCGGCGCAACGCCAGCCGCCGCCGCCCAGCGACGUCAGCCCGCCGCCGCCUCCUCCUCCCCCUCCGCCGCCGCCGCCGCCGCCUCCGCCGCCGCCAAAGACGGCGGCGCCGCCGCCGCCGCCGGGCUGCACGGUGUGCGUGCGUCUCAAGCUGGCGACCAUCCCCGCCGGCGGCACCUACGAGAUCACCGACGCUCAGUGCGAUGACUACCAGGCCACCAUCGCCGACGCCGCCAAUGAGGCAGCGAACACGUACGGCGCCAUGAUGACUAAGCCCUUCCAGCCCGACAUCAACCUGUGCUACCCGGACGAGGUGUCGGUGUGCGGGACCUUCUUUUCGGCCGCCGAGGGCGAGAAGCUUCAGGACUGGAUCGAUUUCGACGGCGCGCUGGAUGAUGUUGUCAAUUUGAUCACCGGCGGCAGCUGCCCCGCCGAGCUCAGUGGCUACACAGUGGUGGCCUUCCUCACAGACGCCGUAGAGGGUGAGAGCUGCCUGACCGGCUCGUCGCAACAGGCCUGCGCGCUGCUGUCGCCGCCGCCGCCGCCGCCGCCGCCCCCUCCUCCUCCGCCGCCGCCGCCUCCGCCGCCGAAGCGGCCCAGCCCGCGCCCGCCCAGCCCCAAGCCGCCGAGCCCGCCGCCGCCCACGCCGCCACCGCCGAGCCCGCCGCCGCCGAAGCCGCCGCCACCGCGCCCGCCGCCACCGAACCCUCCUCCUCCUCCCCCGCCGAGCCCGCCGCCGCCGAAGCCGCCGCCGCCCAGCCCGCCGCCGCUCAGCCCGUCGCCACCGUCGCCUCCUCCUCCCAGCCCCAAGCCUCCCAGUCCGCCGCCGCCCAAGCCGCCGCCGCCGAGCCCGCCGCCGCCGAAACCUCCGCCGCCGCCGCCCCCGAGCCCGCCCCCUCCCAGCCCGCCCCCGCCCUCUCCUCCUCCCCCCAAGCCCCCGCCACCCAGCCCCCCUCCCCCCAGCCCUCCUCCGCCGAGCCCCAAGCCGCCCAGCCCUCGUCCGCCCAGCCCCAAGCCGCCCAGCCCGCGGCCACCGCGCCCGCCGCCACCUACGCCGCCGCCGCCGCCGCCGCCCAGCCCUAAGCCGCCGUCGCCUCCUCCUCCCCGCCCGCCCCCGCCUUCUCCCCCUCCACCCCGCCCGCCGCCACCCUCUCCCCCUCCUCCCCGUCCGCCGCCACCCUCUCCCCCUCCCCCCGCUCCCCCGCCACCGUCGCCUCCUCCCCCCAAGCCGCCGCCACCCUCCCCUCCUCCUCCCAGCCCCAAGCCGCCCGCGCCCCCUCCGCCGCGCCCGCCGCCGCCAAACCCGCCGCCGCCCCGCCCGCCGCCGCCCUCCCCACCUCCUCCCUGCCAGAUCUGCUUCACCCUGACACUGGCGGCGCCGCCCGGCGGCACCUACACCUUCUCCGACAACGAAUGCACUGACCUUCAGAGCUUCAUGGCUGACCUUGUCAACACGGAGGCUGGCGACCUUGGCGCACAGCUGCUGACGCCCUUCGCGCCCGACCUGAACAACUGCCAGCCCGACUUCGUUCAGGUUUGCGGCACCUUCUUCUCUGACGCGGAGGGCGCCAAGCUGCAGCCGUGGGUGGACACCAACGAGCCAUUUGAGUUGUGGCACAACACGCUGCUCCAGGGCGGCUGCUUUAACGUGCCCUACCUGAUCGGCUACUCGUUCGCCUACGAAGUCCUCACGCCCGACGGCAGCCCCGACGGCUGCAUCGUCGGCUACUGGCAGCCGCCCGCCUGCGCCCCCAGCACCAGCCCGCCGCCGCCUCCCCCGCCGCCGCCCCCGCCGCCGCCGCCUCCGCCGCCCCCGCCCGUGCGCUCGCCGCCGCCGCGCCGCCGCGCGCCGCCGCCGCCGCCCGCCGCCGAGUGGCCGGUGUGCGAGUGCGACAAGCGCCCCGGCAGUAGCACGCUCACCUUCAACACCACCACGGUCACGCGCCUGGCCUCGGGCAUGAACCAGUACUGCUUCAGCCUGGGCCUGACGGCCUGCCUGCGUGCCUCGCCCUGCUGCCUGCAAGACCUGACCAAGAUUGAGUUCGACGUGGUUCCCGCAUGCGUGGGCUCCAUGGUCUACUCGAUCCAGGACGGCGAGCAACGGCCGGCGCAGUACCAGCUGGCCCCCUACCCGGCGCUCAAGAUGAACCGCUUGUCCAAGCAGUACAUCGACGUGCCCGGCACGGUGGUGUGUGUGGUGCUCAAGCCGCCCUGCGCCACGCUCACGGACCUGUGCGGCGGCCCCAGCUGCCGCUACGCGCUCUUCAACAAGCGCGUGGGCGACCAGCCCAAGUGCUGCCCCGUGCGCACGGUGAACGACCCCCAGUAAAAGGGGCCCCAGUUCAGCAAACGCACGCACGCAUUCGCUGUGUGUGCGUGCCCGGCGCAUCAGCGCCUGCAGCGCCGCCGCCACAGCAAUGUUUAGCUGUGUGGGGCAGCGGGCUUGGCGCGGUGCGGGGGCUGCGAGUGGAAGGGCGCGCGCGCAGCCCCUGGCUCUGAUGCCUGGAGCCGCAACGCGGACGUGACACACCGUGUGACCGUGACCAGAAGAGUGGAUGAGUGAGAACCGCGACGCAUGGCGCGGUGUGUGGUGGUGUCGAUGAAGAAUCACCAACAUUCUGGCCGGGUCCCGCAAUAAUCAGGGUCUGACCAACAGACGACCUUUUUGCAUGGCGCGAGGUGCAUACGUGUGAGGGUAUUUACGCGUGAAGGUGUGGGUGUGGGUGUGGCGUGCCAGUGUGUCGUGUAUGACAGUGUGUAAGCAUCGGGCCCCCCCGCGCGGGGUGCGGCUGGGCAGCAGGUGUGGAACCGGAGCGACCGCGGCGCCGCACUGAAAGCAUGUGUGGCCUGACCCUAGGCCAGCCCCAGGGCCCCGCCUGGGCGGCGCUCCGCUCCAGGCCCCACGCCGAAGCCGAGGCCGCCCGGGCGGACUGGCGUUGGCUGGUUUUGUGUGGGGCCAACCGCCUCGGUUCAUCGCAUAUACGACACACCUAACGGAAGGCGAUGGGGUUGGGGGUAGCCGCAGUGCGGGGAGUCCCGGGGGAGGCACAAACGUGCCUCUUGCUGGCUGUUCCCGCAGGCUCGUCCCUGAUGCGGUUCUCAUUCGGCCUGAUUAUACAUAGCUCCUGACCGCAUUGCUGUGUUGUGGCGUCUGGUCUUGUGUGUAUGUGUGGGGGUGCUAUGCAUUGGACCACCUUGUGAUCAUCUGCGUAUGACUGACUCGGCAUCCUUGCAACAGACGGGUGAGGAGGAGGAGGCACAGGGAUGCGUUAGCCGCGCUAACGCGCGGCAAGGGUGCGGUCUAGCUGCACGGGGUCUUGGGCUUAUUUCGACCAAUAUCUCUGACGAGGCUUAGUAUUGCGUCGCUCUCUUUGGGGGAGGCUACGUUCUCUUGCUGCUGCGGGGGCUUCCUACUCUUCUUACAAGCUUCUAUACAACCGUACCACGCAUCUGUUCCCCUCGGAAUGCCAGAGCUUAUUCGGGCGGUUUUGUCGUGAGAUUGGAAUUUAUUGUUUGUUGGCCACUUGGCACCGCACGAGCUCCUGCACACUCCUUUUGACGUGUGUUGACCAUGCUGACUUCCGUUUGGAACACCUGAACAGACCGCAGGGUGAAGAAAGGAUGUGUGGGACCGUGUACGAAGAGUGCUUGCAAAAGCUGCGCACUCGGCUUUCUGUCUUUAAUAUGUAACAAAGAAAUUGC